UCGAGUUAUUCAUUGUAUACUGUAUUUAUUACGGGAAUAGCUAGUCAAUAAGGUACGGGCCUAAAAUUUGAGAAAAUGAACCAAGCAAGAUCACUUUGUUUAUUGGCUAUUCUAGCUCUAGUUUCCACCGGAUUUGCUAGAAGCACAAAAAAAGGACAUGUUGAACACAAAUCCAAGAAACAAGGAGGUUCACAUUUCCCAUCAAGAAGAACACACACCAGCAAAAAAUCUGGCGAAUUUGACUUCCAAGGAGUUCCUGGAGCUAUGGACGGAGGAAUGGGAGGAGGUUUUGGCAUGAGCCCAAUGGGAGGUUUCGGUGGUGGCAUGGAGAGCAUGGGUGGUGGAAUGGGAGGUGGUGGAAUGACUAUGGGCAUGGGAGGAAUGGGAGGUAUGGGUGGAAUGGGUGGAAUGGGUAUGGGAGCAGGUAUGGGAGGUGGUGACAUGUCCAUGGGAUUUAACGCCGGAACCACGACCAUUGGGGGCGCUGGUGGUGCAACWAUGGAAGGACCUAUGGGUGCAAAUAUGAUGCAAAUGAUGGCCCCCGAACCUAGCGGYCCUAAUGAAGGACCAGUGAUGAGCAAACAGUUUAUUGAAGGAGGCAUGGGAGGCAUGGGUUCAAUGGGCGGCGGCGGCGGUGGWAUGAACACUAUGUCGAUGGGCGGUAUGGGUGGCAUGAUGGGAGGAAUGGGUGGAGGAAGCAUGGGUAGCAUGGGCGGCGGCAGCAUGGGCGGUAUGUCGAUGGAAAACCCUAUGGCURGUAUGCAAAACAUUGAAAGUAUGGGRGGACUUGGCUUUAAAUCACAAGGAAAUGGUAUGAUGGGAGGUGGAAUGUCUGAGAUGGGCGGCAUGGGCGGCAUGGGCAGCAUGGGAGGUAUGGGCGGUAUGGGAGGAAUGGGUGGCAACAUGAUGAGUAUGUUUAAUGGAUCACCACAAGAACCAGGCCAGGAACCAACAAGCGGUGGAACAAAGAGAGAAAAAUUGAGCAGAGUAAGCAAGUCUUCCAAGUCUGCGAAGAAGCAACCAAAGCAUUAAAGAAUAUUGGAGACCUGUCAUAUGGUUUCGGAUAGACUGUGACUGUUAGCAUAUUAAGAAGAUUAUUUGGUUUUAUCAGAGUUGAAAUGAGUAUUUUUAACACUCAAAUAGCAUUCCCAGCAUGAGGGCAUCCAAAGGAAUUAAAGAGAAGUCGUCCGAGAAACUAAUCCAAAGAAAAACAGAAACAUGAACAACUAUAGUAGCACAUUCCAGGAAAAACUUCAAAGAAAACAUAUUCUAAGGAACUGACCUUAACAAAAUUACUAGUUUUUAUGUAAGACCAUGAUUUUGGAAAAUUUGUAUUCACCUAACGUAGUUUGUUAUAUAUGGCUAAGUAACCUGAAAACUGACCUGGAAAACUACGGAUUACCUGGAAUUAAAGACAAAAAUUGGAAAAUUGUUCGAAUGUGAGGAAACAACCACACUAAAAUGCCUCACAGAUUGCAUGAACUUGUAGGAAUCAAAUGUAUUGGAAUUUUAGAUACCAAUUGCAAACACAUGAAUAAAUAUGGUUUGUAAAUGAU